AUGGCGGAAGAAAAACGCGUGUUAUUUGGAAACAGCGGUGCUUGCAGUGCCUGUGGACAGUCCAUUCCUGCCAGCGAGCUGGUCAUGAGGGCACAGGGCAACGUCUAUCAUCUUAAGUGUUUUACAUGCUCUACCUGCCGGAAUCGCCUGGUCCCCGGAGAUCGGUUUCACUACAUCAACGGCAGUUUAUUUUGCGAACAUGAUAGACCUACAGCUCUCAUCAAUGGCCAUUUGAAUUCACUUCAGAGUAAUCCACUACUGCCAGACCAGAAG